AUGGACUGGCACUUUGUUAGAACAGCUGCAGUGCUGUUCAUUUUUCUGGUGGUGGUGGAAGUUAACAGUGAAUUUCGAAUCCAGGUAAGAGAUUACAACACCAAAAAUGGCACCAUCAAGUGGCAUUCAAUCAGGAGGCAAAAACGUGAAUGGAUCAAGUUCGCUGCAGCCUGUCGUGAAGGUGAAGACAAUUCAAAGAGGAACCCAAUUGCCAAAAUUCACUCAGAUUGUGCUGCAAACCAGCAAGUUACAUACCGCAUCUCUGGAGUAGGAAUUGAUCAGCCACCUUAUGGAAUCUUCAUUAUUAAUCAAAAAACUGGUGAAAUUAAUAUAACAUCCAUAGUUGAUCGAGAGGUCACCCCUUUUUUCAUUAUCUAUUGCCGGGCUCUGAAUUCCCUGGGUCAAGAUUUAGAGAGGCCUCUCGAGCUCCGAGUCAGGGUUUUGGAUAUAAAUGACAACCCUCCAGUAUUUUCUAUGUCUACUUUUCUGGGACAAAUAGAAGAAAAUUCUAAUGCAAAUACACUGGUGAUGAGACUCAAUGCUACUGAUGCAGAUGAACCAAAUAAUUUGAACUCAAAAAUAGCCUUCAAGAUCAUAAGACAGGAACCUUCUGAUUCACCAAUGUUUAUUAUCAAUAGAAACACUGGAGAAAUUCGAACAAUGAAUAAUUUUCUAGACAGAGAGCAAUACAGCCAGUAUUCCCUUGCUGUGAGAGGCUCAGACCGAGACGGUGGGGCAGAUGGCAUGUCAGCAGAGUGUGAAUGCAACAUUAAAAUCCUUGACGUUAAUGAUAACAUCCCGUACAUGGAACAGUCUUCAUAUUCUGUUAGUAUUGAAGAAAAUGCUCUACAUUCAAAUUUGGCCCAGAUUAGAGUAAUUGACUUGGACGAAGAGUACUCAGCUAACUGGAUAGCAGUCAUUUUCUUUAUCUCUGGAAAUGAAGGAGGUUGGUUUGACAUAGAAAUGAAUGAAAGAACAAAUGUGGGAAUUUUAAAGGUUGUUAAGCCCCUAGAUUAUGAAGAUAUGAAGAAUCUGCAACUUAGUAUUGGUGUCAGAAAUAAAGCUGAAUUUCAUCAUUCAGUUAUGUCUCAAUACAAACUCACAGCAACCGCCAUCUCUGUGACUGUGUUAAAUGUAAUUGAAGGCGCAGUGUUCCGUCCAGGUUCAAAGACAUAUGUAGUGACUAGCAACAUGGGACAAAAUUAUAAAGUGGGAGACUUUAUAGCUACUGACCUUGACACAGGUGUAGCUUCAACAACUGUUAGAUAUGUAAUGGGAAAUAAUCCUGCUAACCUACUUGAUAUUGACUCAAGAACAGGCAUAAUUACUUUGAGAAAUGCAGUUACCAUGGAACAAUAUAAUAUGCUUGGGGGGAAAUACCAAGGAACAAUUCUAUCUAUAGAUGAUACUCUUCAAAGAACUUGUACUGGAACAAUUAAUAUUAACCUCGACGGUUCCGGCUGGAAAAAGGAUGAUAAAAGUAAUCAGGGAACCACUACUGAAGACAGUGGAAAUGACGGCGGUGGAAGUGCCACUGGAGGUGCCACUGGAGGUGACACCGGAGGUGACACCGGAGGUGACACCAGUACUAACACAGCCGACAAAACUUCCACUGAUUACGGCGGUGGUACUGAUACAGACGGCAACACCUAUGACCAAACAGGUGGUGGUUACCAGAGAAAUCCCUUAGAUAAUGUCCAUUUUGGUCCUGCUGGCAUUGGACUACUCAUCAUGGGAUUCUUGGUCCUAGGAUUGGUCCCGUUUUUGUUGAUCUGUUGUGACUGCGGCGGCGCCCCUCGUGGGGGCGCUGGCUUUGAGCCUGUCCCCGAAUGUUCAGAUGGAGCAAUUCACUCAUGGGCAGUAGAAGGACCACAACCGCCUCCCAUAAGUGGAUCCACUGUCUGUGUACCACCGGUACUACCUAGUAAUGGAAAUCUGAUUGAAUGCAUUGACACCUCAGGGGUUUACACAAAUGAGUAUGGCGGCAGAGAAAUGCAAGAUCUAGGAGGAGGAGAAAGAACAACAGGCUUUGAACUAACAGAAGGAGUUAAAACAGCAGGAGUACCUGAGAUAUGUCAAGAAUAUUCCGGAACAUUAAGAAGAAAUUCUAUGAGAGAAUGUAGAGAAGGAGGUCUGAAUAUGAACUUCAUGGAAAGUUACUUCUGUCAGAAAGCAUAUGCUUAUGCAGAUGAAGACGAAGGACGCCCAUCCAAUGACUGUUUGCUCAUAUAUGAUAUUGAAGGUGUAGGUUCCCCUGCUGGCUCUGUGGGCUGCUGUAGCUUCAUCGGAGAAGACGUGGACGAUAGCUUUUUGGACACACUGGGGCCUAAAUUUAAGAAGCUGGCAGAUAUCAGCCUGGGAAAAGAAGCUGAACCAUAUCCAGACCCUGAUCCGUCUUGGCCACCUGAGAGCACCGAACCGAUCUGCCCUCAGCAGGGAACAGAGCCCGUCAUUGGUGGACACCCACCCAUCUCCCCACAUUUCGGCACUACAACUGUCAUCUCUGAGAGCACCUACCCCUCAGGAUCUGGUGUACAGCAUCCUAUGCCUAUUCCUGAUCCUCUGGGCUAUGGUAAUGUCACUGUGACAGAAUCUUACACCACCUCUGGCACUCUGAAGCCCUCUGUCCAUGUUCAUGAUAACCGACAUGCAGCAAACGUAGUGGUGACCGAGAGGGUGGUUGGCCCAAUCUCUGGCACUGAUCUGCAUGGAAUGUUAGAGAUGCCUGACUUGAGAGAUGGGUCAAAUGUUAUAGUGACAGAAAGGGUAAUAGCACCAAGUUCAAGUCUACCCACCUCUUUGACCAUGCCUGAUCCUAGAGAGUCAUCAAAUGUGGUAGUGACAGAAAGAGUCAUCCGACCGGUUUCUGGCAUGAUGGGCAAUCUAAGUAUACACCCUGAGUUAUCAAAUGCCCAAAAUGUGAUUGUGACAGAGAGGGUUGUUUCCGGCUCUGGCAUAAGCGGAAUCAGUGGCCCCGCUGGGAUAAGUGGGGGCAGUGGCCUGGUUGGCAGUGCAGCUGGAGUAAGUGGCAGUGGCAUUGGGCAGAGCAUCCUGGGAGGAGGUGGGGGCCUGGGUAGCAGCAUGGGGGGGACAGCCACCAUUGGCCACAUGAGGAGCUCCUCUGACCAUCACUUUAGCCAGACCCUUGGAUCUGCCUCCCCUAGUACAGCCCGAAGUCGAAUCACAAAAUACAGUACAGUACAAUAUACGAAGUAG